CGCCUUGCCCGGCUCCAAGAUGGCGGCGGCGGCCCCGGGGCGGUCCCGCGGCCCGGCCCCGCCCGGCUCUUCCGCCGCGCCGCGGCCGCGCCGAUGGCGGUGAAUUACGCGGCCGGGCUGUCCCCGUACUCGGACAAGGGCAAGUGCGGCCUCCCCGAGAUUUUUGACCCUCCGGAGGAGCUGGAGCGGAAGGUGCAGGAGCUGGCAGAGCUGAUCCGGAGCUCCUCCCAUGUGGUGUUCCACACGGGGGCAGGGAUCAGCACGGCCUCGGGCAUCCCUGACUUCAGGGGCCCCAAUGGUGUCUGGACUAUGGAAGAGAAAGGGCUCUCCCCAAAAUUCGACACCACCUUCGAGAAUGCCAGGCCCUCCAAGACCCACAUGGCGCUGCUGGGGCUGCAGAGGGUGGGAAUCCUGAAAUUCCUGGUCAGCCAGAACGUGGACGGCCUGCACGUGCGCUCAGGAUUCCCACGGGACAAGUUGGCCGAGCUCCACGGGAACAUGUUUGUGGAAGAGUGUGUGAAAUGUGGGAAGCAGUACGUGCGCGACGCCGUCGUGGGCAGCAUGGGGCUCAAGCCCACGGGCCGCCUCUGCAGCGUCACCAAGGCCCGGGGGCUGCGGGCCUGCAGAGGGAAGUUACGAGACACUAUUCUGGAUUGGGAAGAUUCCCUGCCUGACCGUGACCUGACGCUGGCAGAUGAAGCCUGCAGGAAAGCCGAUCUCUCUGUCACCCUGGGGACCUCUCUGCAGAUCAAACCCAGUGGGAACCUCCCGCUGAUCACCAAGAAGAGAGGAGGGAAGUUGGUCAUUGUCAACCUCCAAGCAACCAAACACGUGGCCUCUCUUAGCAGGCAAACAGGCUGGGAGUCCUGGGUUGGAGGGUUUAAACCUGCAGCUCCUGCUAAACACGUAGAGAUGGCAGGGACACCUUCAGCUAUCCCAGGCUGCUCCAAGCCCUGUCCAGCCUUAUCCAAGCAAGUCUUAGGAGCAGAGUAAAAGCUCAGCCUGGAGCCUGCUGUGUCCUCUCGGGGUUUACAGCCCGAUGGAAGGGUCAGACACACGGAGCCUGUGGAGGGCCUGCUCAGUUCCUGCUCAGGUGUUGGUGCUCCAAUUGUCCAAAGUCUUUAAUACCCAGAGCUGGGGGUUCCUGGGAUGUCACCAGAGCUCCCUUGUGCCUGUCACACUCUGUCCCUGCAUCCCCGUCCCCAGACGUGGCUCAGCUCACACCCCAGCAGAGCCCCGGGGCCAGCUCAUGUCCCACUGGCAAUGACACACAGGGGGGACAUGGCCGUGUCCCUGGGAGGGGCCGUUUGUCCCCUGAGCCGUGU